AUGAUGAGAUCAGACUCCGAUCUAGACGAAGUGGAAAGUAUCCAAGAGCCAGCCAUGACCGAAAACGAGAAGAGUAGCAACGAUGAAAUAGAAGAAGCUGAGCCAACAGGAGAUGAUUCGAUAAGCAAGGCAUCCAAGAAAGAAUGGAGAAAGCUCUGGCGCUCUCAGAAAGCCUACUGGCGAGAACGUGAAAGCGAGGCCAACCACAAAUAUGAUGAGCGGGAUGAAGCGCCUUCUGGCGGCGAUGAGGAGGGAAAUGAAGGACACUCCAGUUUGAACGACGACGGACAAAACGACGAGCAUGCAUCGAAGGACCAACUGCUCUCUGUCUUCCAUUAUCCGUUCUACUUUGGGUUCCAGAUCAUCAAUGGAUAG